CUGAAUAUCCAUCAGUUGCAUUACGAUUUUCGUGAAAAAAAAAUCAAAUCAACAGCCACCGUAUUCUACGUAAACACACUUCCAAAAUGGCCAUAAAGGUAAGCAUUUUCGAUUCAUAAUAACUGGACAUUUUAUAAGGAAAAAAUAAUAUUUUACAAGUUUCAGACAAUCAAAUUUUAGAUAAUUGCACAAAAUGUUCUAUAAUAUUAUCGUUGACUUCAAAGAUGUGUAUUCUUACUUAUAUUUCUAUACAAUACAGUAGUAAAUUAUAUUACAACUGAUAAAAAUAAAAAAAAAAUAAAAUAGGUAAACCCUAACUUAGAAAAUGGUUUUUUUGCGAUAACAUUUAUUAAUAAUGUCAAAUUUUCCGCGAAAUUAACGAGUUAUAUUUACGUAUUCUAUAAAUUGUAUAAUUGUUACUGUUUAAACCGAAGAUAUAUUUUAUAAUAUUUUUUUUUAUCCUAAAAAUGUUUUUUGAAAAAAUUUAUUUUGAUAAUCGUUCAUUCAAAGAGUAGAUUUGCCGGAUUCGCCAUAUACACGAAAAACUUUGACGAGUCCUUGCUCUUCGCAUUCUUCCCGUUGGCUUUUAUAAACCACGCACGCGGGGUCAAAGAAACUCUCAUCUUUGCACCCCUCCACAUUGUCCUGUCCACCCGCGUUCGUUCUCGUUUACUCCACGUGCCCUCCAAAGCAACUUUUUCUUUUUGCCAACUUCUUCCACAAUACAAAUCAUAACGUUUUAUUAUUUCGCAGAUGAUCGUAUUCGCCGCGCUGUGUUGCCAGUUGGUGUUCGCCUACCCGCCGCACUACAGCAGUAAUUACGAUCACGACAACUACGCCCACGAACCCACCCCGUACAACUUCCAGUACGACGUACACGAUCCGCACACCCAGGACAUCAAGAGCCAAUACGAAGUGAGCGACGGACACGGAAACGUCAAAGGCUCGUACAGUCUGGUGGAACCCGACGGUUCUACCCGAGUGGUCGAGUACACGGCCGACCACGAACACGGAUUCGUAGCCAAAGUGAAGAAAAUCGAACCGGCCUACCACCAUCACGACGAACACGCGUACCAUCACGAACCCGUGGUCCAUUCGUCUUACACCCCGUACUCUCACCACAAACUGUACUGAUUCCGUUUUCUAUGUCAUCUCGAGUGUUCCGUAAAAAAAAUAUACAAACAUUUUUUUGUAAAAUAAUAUCAUAAACACAUUAAAUAUACUUUUUAUACCUAAAAAUACCGUUGCUGAGUUCGAUUUUUUCAUAAUAUAUUAAACCCGCC